GGUGUGUGUGGGAAAAGCCAAGCGAUGGAUCUUCCCUUCUUUUGACAACGCUCUCCCCUUCAGGACUAAGUCUGCGCUGGGGGGAAAUAACUGCGAGGGAGAAGUGCUAAUCACACCUCCGUGCGGGAGCUGACUCCCGGGAGCAGCGUGUGCCGCCAGCCCCAGGAUAUUCCCUGCCUCCAACCUGAAGUGAUUCCUCCUGGAACGGUUCAGUCGCGCCUGCAGUUCACCUUUGCCUGCAGUUAACCAGCGUGCAAUUUGGGUUUAAUGGAGCUGGGUUUAUUGUUCCUCUUUGGACUUACGAUAACGUCGACUGCAGGCUCCGCGCUGCCCCGGCCCCGCUCCGCGCUGCCGGCGGCCGGCCCGGGGCACCGAGAGAGAGACGAGAGCGGAGCGGCGGCGGCCGCGGGCGGCAGGGCCAGGGCGGACGGCGGAGCGCUGCGGCACCGGGCCCGGCGCUGCACUUGCUACACCUACAAGGACAAGGAGUGCGUGUACUACUGCCACCUCGACAUCAUCUGGAUCAACACCCCCGAGAGGACUGUUCCAUAUGGGCUAUCUAACUACAGAGGCAACUUUAGAGGCAAAAGGUCUACAGGCCAGACUCAAAGCACUUCCGAGCUGUCACUCCGAUGUUCCUGUUCGGAUGCUCGUGACAAGCAGUGUUUGCAGUUUUGCAGAAGAAUGCAGGAUAGAAGAAGAAAUCAUGGAUCUGUGAAAAAGACAGAGGAGAAAGACCAGUGUAGGGAAGAGGAACACAAUUUCAUUCAGUAGCACGGAGAGUCUGGAGGAUUCUGAACAAUCAGCUUUAACAUUUAUUUGCUGGAGCUCAGAAACAAGAACUUAAACUACACCUCUCCCUUGAGAUGGACAAACUUGAUGCUUCAGUGUGAUGCCAGUGGAGAAUUCAGCAGUAGGCAACACUUCCACUUCAGCAGUGCCACUCUGAGAGCAUGGGAACCCGUAUGAAGAAGCUUUUCUCCCCUCGAGAGAGCCUCAGAAAAGGAUAAUUUUUAUCAUGUAACCUGGCAGGGAACGUAUCACUAUUGAGGAAAACUUCAAAGGCAGACCCAAACUUCAGCAAUGCAAAGCUUCAGGAAACGUUUUUCUCUGUGAUUUAAACAAGUACAAUAGAAACUGUUCCACUCACUGCUUGCUCUGUGUCUGAAGAAUCCAUCCACUGAUCUGUGCAGGCAGCUGCAAGUGGAGAAUGUGGAGAGUUAGAGGGAGAUUGCCUCUACAUGAGUUCUCAUUAAGAAUAAACAGAUACAAAAUAUUUCUCUUGUUAAUGUAUGCAAGCCUGAAUCAUCAUAUUGUAACUUUGAGGCAGAUGUUUAAAUGACAGUAUCUAUGCAGAAUAAAUAUGAAUGGCUAAUAUAAAUAUUAUUAUAAACUAUAGCAAGUUAAGAGUAUACACUGAGCAUUCAAUAGGUUACCUAAUUUAGGCACAAAUUAUUCCUGCACUUGGAAGUUCCAUUCAAACACACUUACAGUGAUUAUUUGGGGAUGCACUGUAGCUGGUGAACAGAACUUCAGUGAUUCAUCCCAAAGAAUUUUCCUACAGAUGCAAGGGUAGGAGUGUGGAACUUGAUGCCAUCAGAGUAAUUUCUGUGCUAGCCAUUUGCUGUCCCUCCAAGUCACACCCACAGCACAUCCCCUGGGCUUUGCCAGUGCUACAAAUCCCGCCUUUAUCUCUCCAUUGAAACACCAGCACCAAAUAACCUGGAAACUUGGCAAUAAGGAUUAAAUCCAACCCUGGACAUUUUUCAGUGUAAACAUUUUCUUCAGAAAUUACGGACUUCUUUUUGCUACAAGAUGCAAGAGUCAGCAAAGGAAAAAGAGUAACUUUUGCAAAUCCUGUUCUAUAUUAUUUAAAAAGAGAGGAAGUCCCUUACUUGUGAUGUUACAAAAUUUUUUGGGGGUUGACUGGCCUUCAUGCUGCCUUUCCCCAGGGCACAUAGGUUAAACUAUAACCCCAUGUUGUUAAAUUAUAUUUUCUAAGAAGACAUGGAGACCAAAAGAAAAGUGAAAAGAAAUCAACAGUAAAAAUGUCUUUAUAAGGCUUAAACCAGUGGUAAUAGUUUUUGUUUGAAACAAGAAAGGGAGGUCUUUGCCAAAACAUAUGAUAUAUUUUAUA